GCCUCGCCGCUCAGAGUCCGUCCGACAUGAGGCUGUUCGCGCUGCUCGCUACAUGCGUGCUCUACGCACACGCCGCCACCAUCAGCGCGCCGCCGAAAAAAAUCGAUGACCUCGAUGACGUCGACCUAGACAACGUAGUCAGUGAACCCGAACUCAUCAACCCCUUCAACUCGAUCAAAGACGUCGACAAUAACCUCCGAAACUCCCUGGGCAUUCCCGUGAAAGUUAUCGAAGAACCCGCGAAGAAAUUGGACGAAAACUCCAACGAUUAUGUGCCCAAUAAUGAUGACAGCAUCAAUUUGAAGCGAGCGCCGAUCGAUCUCAGGAAUCCCGGCCCUCCGCAGCGCCAGGAACACGAGACCCAGAAUCCUGAACAUUACAGCGAUGCUCAGAAAGCAAUAUUCGCCAUUAAACAAACGAUCGACGACACCCAGAACGUUUUUACUCAGGGCUUAAAAGGAAUUUCUGAAGGUUUCAAUAAAUUGUUCGCUAAUAACGAACAAUUAUCCACAAUCCAGCAAAACAUUCUGACUUUAAGGAGCACAUUUAGCGAACAAGUAUCAAAAUUAAACAACACCAUUAAAUCUUACAUCAAGCCCGAGAAAGAAGAGGAAUCUGCAAAAGAAAUAAAUGCAGUACAAAAUCGCCUUAGAUUAUUAGAGAAUAAUUUUGAAACUGGUGUUAAUACUUUAUCGGAAGGAGUUGAACUUCUUGCCAUUAUAAAAGAAGAAGAUGAUGCGGCAGCAGCAAAAGCUGAGGGUGAUGCAGUAGCAGCUACGGGAACCACAAGUGCUCCGACAAGUACAACUCAAGCUCCCGUAGGUCCAGUGUUGCAAUUUUUGUACAACUUCCAGCAAGGUAUUUUAGGAUCCCUUUCCAAUGUUAAUAAUGCUGUUCAAAACUAUUGGAAUCAAGGACAGAACCAACAAAACCAACAACCGCCACAGAAUGAUCAAGCACAACAAGCACAGCCUACUAAUAAUCAAGGUAGCUUUAUUGGUAAUCUCUUUCAAGGUAUCCAAUUACCUUUUACCGGUCAACAAAAUCAGCAACCUGCUCAACAAGGCCAAAACCAAGAAAAGCCUCCCGGUGCGGCUGCCGAUGAACCCGCACAGACAGGAUGGAGGCCUCCCAACAUUAUCCAAUCAAUUCAAAAUUCCUGGAACAACUUAGUGAACCCCAAUCAGAACCAGCCACAAGCUGAUACGCCAAACAACCCAAAUCCCAUACAACAAGCGUUCAACAACAUCGCUAAUGUAUUUAACAGACCGCCAAACCAGACGCCUCAAAAUGCGGGCCAAGCCGUUCCUCCCGCGUCAGGGAAUAGCGUCCCUGCUGCUGUUAAUACUGCUGAAAAGCCAGCUGAUCAGCUGCAAGGAGUGAACGCUGUUCCUCCCAAACAAGAGUCUGUUCCAGCGGAAGCAGCUCAAGUGCAGCCAGAAAAAGUACAAGAUCAAGCGCAGCCAGAAAAAGUACCAGUUCAAGAGCCAACGAAGCAGACUGGACCUAUUCAACAAUUGGUUCAAAACAACCCCAUUAUCAAGGGACUGCAGACAGUGGCCCAAAGAAUAUCAAACCCAGAAAGGCCGAGAGAUACCGUGAAAGAAAAUACUGACGGCAAAGGUCAUGGUGGAUGGGGUCAUGAUGGCGAUAAUUCAGACGGCAGCAGGAUAAAGUCUGUUGCACCAGAAAAGGAAAUUAUUGAAGAAAAACCAGUAGAAUGUAACAAGAUGAAGGAAACGGUCAAGGAGAAAGAAAUCUCUUCAGAGCCCGCCAAGACUGAGUAGGACUUAGUAUAGAUAAUUUAUUUUAAUUUAGUCUGUGUAAAUAAAACGUGAUGCAUUUGAGUGAAAUAAAAAUGCAUUCAUUUUAA